AAAAUCUCGGUGGAAGGCCUCGAAGAGCCGGGAGAUUACGGGGCGGGGACGAGCUGUCGCGCUCGGGGGCUCGUGGAGGAGCGGGACCCCGAACGUACCGGCGCGGGAGAGAGGCGACCCCAGCCCCGGAUUCGCGACCCGGAGCUCGGGACUGGUUGGUUAGAAGCAUUGCAAAAGAGUUCACUCCUAGGAGAUUAAGAAGUGAGGCUUAAUCUGGGCCCCAAGAGCCUUUAAUCAGGGUUUCCCUCAAGACAUGGAGCCUGAGGCGGAGUGCUUUGGAAUUAUAGGAAGAAGGGGUUCUUGUUUGGAAGUCCAGGGGAGAAGUCUCCAGCGGUGAACAGAGAGCCCGGUGAGCUGAGGGCACCAUGGCCACGUCAGCCCCACUGCGGAGCCUGGAAGAGGAGGUGACCUGCUCCAUUUGCCUUGAUUACCUGCGGGACCCUGUGACCAUCGACUGUGGCCACGUCUUCUGCCGCAGCUGCACCACCGACGUCCGCCCUGUGUCCGGGGGCCGCCCCGUCUGCCCGCUCUGCAAGAAGCCUUUCAAGAAGGAGAACAUCCGGCCUGUGUGGCAGCUGGCCAGCCUGGUGGAGAACAUCGAGCGGCUGAAGGUCGACAAGGGCCAGCAGCCGGGAGAGGGGGCCCAGGAGCAGCAGGACACACGGCUGUGCGAGCGGCACCAGGAGAAGCUGCACUACUACUGUGAGGACGACGGCAAGCUGCUGUGCGUGAUGUGCCGGGAGUCCCGAGAGCACCGGCCCCACACGGCCGUCCUCGUGGAAAAGGCUGCCUUGCCCCACAGGGAGAAAAUCCUGAACCACCUGAGCACACUAAGGAGAGACAGAGACAAAAUUCAAGGCUUUCAGGCGAAGGGAGAAGCCGAUAUCCUGGCUGCAUUGAAGAAGCUGCAGGACCAGAGGAAGUACAUCGUGGCGGAGUUUGAGCAGGGCCAGCAGUUCCUGAAGGAGCGGGAGCAGCACCUGCUGGAGCAGCUGGCGAAGCUGGAGCAGGAGCUCGUGGAGGGCCGGGAGAAGUACAAGACCCGGGGCGUCGGGGAGCUCGCCCGCCUGGCGCUGGUCAUCUCGGAGCUGGAAGGCAAGGCACGGCAGCCGGCAGCAGAGCUCAUGCAGGACACCAGAGACUUCCUGAACAGGUAUCCACGGAAGAAGUUCUGGAUUGGGAAACCCAUUGCCCGGGUGGUUAAGAAAAGGACUGGCGAAUUCUCAGACAAGCUCCUGUCUCUGCAGCGAGGCCUGAGGGAAUUCCAAGGGAAGCUGCUGAGAGACUUGGAGUAUAAGACAGUGAGCGUCACACUGGACCCACAGUCAGCCAGCGGCUACCUGCAGCUGUCAGAGGACUGGAAGUGUGUGACCUACAGCAGCUUGUACCAGAGUGCCUACUUGUACCCCCAGCAGUUUGACUGUGAGCCAGGGGUGCUGGGCAGUAAGGGCUUCACCUGGGGCAAGGUCUACUGGGAAGUGGAGGUGGAGAGGGAGGGCUGGUCUGAGGACGAAGAGGAGGGCGACGAGGAAGAAGAGGGAGAGGAGGAGGAAGAGGAGGAGGAGGCUGGCUAUGGGGACGGCUACGAGGACUGGGAAACCGACGAGGACGAGGAGUCCCUGGGUGAGGAGGAAGAGGAGGAGGAGGAGGAGGACGAGGAAGUUGUGGAGAGCUGCAUGGUGGGAGUGGCCAGAGACUCUGUGAAGAGGAAAGGGGACCUCUCCCUGCGGCCCGAGGACGGGGUGUGGGCGCUGCGCCUGUCCUCCUCAGGCAUCUGGGCCAAUACCAGCCCCGAGGCCGAGCUCUUCCCCGCGCUGCGGCCCCGAAGAGUGGGCAUCGCCCUGGAUUAUGAAGGGGGUACCGUGACAUUCACCAACGCGGAGUCACAGGAACUCAUCUACACCUUUACUGCCACCUUCACCCGGCGCCUGGUCCCCUUCCUGUGGCUCAAGUGGCCAGGAACACGCCUCCUGCUGAGACCUUGAGCUUUGACACCUGCCCAUGGCCACAUCCACAGAUGCUUUACUUCUCAGAUUCCGGAACUCUCUGACGGGGGUGGGGUGGGAGUGGGGGCUGCUCUGGGAGUGACCAGAGCACCUGGAGCAAGGGAGACUGGGGACCGGAUCUCCCCUCCCCCGACUUCCCCAUGGUGGGGGCCCCAUGAGGCCUCAGUGCUGUUGCUGCAUCUGCCCUGCCUCGAUCUGGUUCUUCUCCCUCCCGCUGGUUUCCCGUGGGCGUCUCUGAGGCUCCCUUGCUCCCCGCAGCCCUUUCCUCUGGGUUGUGCACUCUUGUUGACCGCGGGGCCGAGGCAGCACUGUCUUGCCCAGGAAGGCAGCCUCUGCCAGGUGGGCUGGUGAGACCACUCGGUCCUGCCUGAGAGCACUGCGCUGUCUCUGAGUCCCUCUGGGUCCCCUGGCCCAAAGCCACUCAGUGCCCACCUUCCCUGGCGUUUAGCAGACCCUGCACCCCCACACACCUGAAAAUGCUGAAAGUAAGCAGGAUGCAAGGUCUCGGUGGCUUCCCUGGCCUGCGUGGGGAGGGGGGGGGGAGGAGGCUAUCAUUGCCCUACGAGGUCCAGAGCAGGCUCCAUGCUUCUCUGAAACCAGGGCUGAGCUAGGAGGCUUCUGUAGCUAAGGAGGUGGGGCUCUGGCAAAGAUCUGUGGCCAAAAGACUAUCUCUUUGUAUGGGUCCUCGUGAGGGGAGGUUUCUCACGAAUCCAAAGUCCCAGGAACUCAAGUUCCUGUUGAUCAGCACAUCUGAAAACAACAGGGCAGACACCCAGUAGAGCAGCCCCUUCUGACUGUUCUUUGCUGAGCUGUCGUCCCCUAGUCCUAUUCAGCAGCCAGGUUCCUCUUCCUGGAGACGGAAGGUGGUGGUGUGGGGAGAGGGGAGGCAGGAGUCCUCAGGAGCCCACCAGGUCUUGUCAAAGGAGGAACCAAAGUUUCCGAAUUAACCAUAGACCCCACCCAAGCCCCGGCCUUUGUCCAGGUGCCCCGAGGGCCCGCAGUUUACGUCGGGCUCCCUGCUCCAGCAAAAGCGAUGUCCCAGUCUUUGUUCUUAGCCAUUCCGAGUGCUCUGCCAGUCCCCUGCUUAUCCAGGUUUUUAAUUCCUGUGCCCUGCUCCCCACUGCUGUGGUUCCAUGGCCACCGCAUGUGUCAAGAGUUGCCACUUUGUACAUAUCACAUGCUGCCUGAGUCACUGGUACAUCUUUUGCCUCUAGUUUUGUAAGCUCCUGGAGGGCGGCUGCCAUCUCUUAGACUUCUCUUGUACUAUUCUUGGCACCUAGUGCAGUGCUGGGCACAGAGUAGGUGCUCAAUAAAGAUUUAUUGAAUGAA